UUUAUGGAUAUUUAUUUUAAAAAAAUUGAAAAAUCGAGAUACCUUUCUUACUGACAACUGGCAGGUGUCAUCAACGAACUUGACAGCAAACAAUAAUUCGGUCAUAUCAUUUUGCUAUAAGAGUGCAAAAACCACGCGAAUAAAACUUUAAAUUAUUUUAUUUAAAUUAAAUUACUGGAUCAACAUAGAAUCAACAAGUGUUAUUAUUCACUUCUGCUCUUGUGGACUUCUUUGUAAAUGUGAUUUAAUCAAUUAAGUUACAAGAUGAAUGUGAUAGUCCAAGGAUGGAAAAGCGAAUCGGCUGCUGAUGUUUCGGCCGAUUUGACGAUCAAUGGAAACAACCUGAUUCUGGCGAAUCUUAAUGUCACGGUAGCUGCAUUUACAGAAGAUUAUAACAGCACCGUUGACUAUUUAUUGAAAACAAUCAACGCUAACAAAGUAUCGAGUUCUUCCGUGAUAACGCCAGUCAUCUUUGCGUUCGGUCGGACUGGAUCCGGAAAAUCUACCACCCUGAUCGGCGACCUUCGAAGAAACAUUCCAGGCCUGGCGAGCUCUCUAUUGCCAGGCGUAACUCCACAAAAUCUCCAGUUUCGGGCACUAGAAUGGUCUUCGUUUAAGGCUAAACUCAACCGCUUCCGGGAUAUGGUCUCGACCCAGGACCCUGAUGAGAGAGAAAUAUCAUUCAUUCCUUGGGAAACCCUGGCCUGGGGAGAAUUCUCUGAAUUCCAGACGGUAGUAAACAAUCGUCGAGCAAAGCGGAAUGCAGUCCACAAGAAAUCAUCUCGAGGAAUUGUAAUUAUCGAAGUGAAAAAGAAAUCCGCGGAAGAGAAUAUUUUUCUCUUUGACAUUCCUGGCCUAGAAGGGCCAGAGUGUAGCGGAACUCCGUAUCAGUCCGAAGACUCCAAAUGGAGUUCAUCGGUGACGUCGAAUUUCAUGGCCUACGCGAACUCAUCGAUUGAACUGAAUUUGUCGCUAGAUAAAACCUGGCGUGAAAUCGACGCAGUUUUGCCGAAGGAAAGGACGAAGUUCCUUUUGGCCUGUAUUAAACGCCCCUACACUCGGGAUAACGUAUUCACCACGAUUGACUUCCUGCACAAAUUUGAAGACUUGCGGAAGAAUGGGCUUAACCUUGGUGGCUCAAGAAGACCGCUUUCUCCGGUACCGAGAGCAGCACGGCAGCCAGUCCAAGCUGCAUCUUCUUCGGGUAGCUUACUGCAAAUUCCAGUUGUUGCAGUCAAUGCUGCAGGUACAUCAGAAAGAUCCGAUGCUACUUUGAAUGAUGUCGUGGCUGAGUUAAGGCGACUCAACGACCAACUCGAGAAAAGAACGGAUCGAAUUGAGAAAAAAACGGAUCGAGUCGAAGCUGAAUUACGCAGCUUAAGGGCCGAAUUUGAGAACCAUUGUAGGGUGGACCACCAGCCUACGGUCGUUGCGGCACCUAGAGCAUCACCUCCACCUCGUGAUGCUCAAGAGUUACCACCUAAUGCAGCACCAGCUGCAAACCCGCGUGAAGAAGACAAUCAGCGACCAGGACCAUUUCGAGACUCCACCAGUUCAGAUCAGUCAUCGGCUUCAGCUCAAGCCUCACCUCAACACAGUAAUGCUGAUCCACCAUCCGAUUCAGCUCCAGCCUCACCUCAGCACGGUAAUCCUGAUCUGUCAUCCGACUCUGCUUCAGCCUCACCUCAACGUGACCAUCUGGAUUCCGAUGAGUCGUCUAGUGCAGCUCCAAUUCCACCAGUGCCUAGUGACUCUGAGGAAUCGUCAGACAAUUCUCCACGUCCUCAGUAUGCUCUGAGAUCACGAGGUCGGAAACGAGACAGUACCAUCAGGAAGUUUCCAAAGGAAUAUAAAAAAAGAGUGCACUCGAGAGCUUUAGUUUCCGUGAGCUCAGAUGAUGACGACGACAUCGACGAGAUAAAAACACGAGCGAUGUUGAGUCGUUUGAAGCUCGAUAAUCCUCAACGUCCUAGGAUACAAAUAACAACAAAGUUAUCCUUGGCCGUCGAGGACCCAGAGUUGUACGCGAACACCAACUUCGCAGAACACAUCACCUGGAUUGAUAACCGAGGCUCGUUGUUUCGAUGCAGAAUAUGCGGAGACCCAUUUGAAACAUAUAAAAUUGCAGCUCAUGUCUGGGGGUCGGAAUUGCAGAGGAACUUCAUAUGUGAGGUAGACGGAUGUGGCUUCGUGUCUCAUAACCCCACUGCAAUGAGAAAUCAUCUUAAAGUUCACGAUUAUUAGGAAUCAAUGACAACGACAACAUCAGCAACAACAACAACCACAAUAACAAUAACAACAACAAUAACAUAAUAAUAAUAAUAAUAAUAAUAAUAAUAAUAAUAAUAAUAAUAAUAAUAAUAAUAAUAAUAAUAAUAAUCAUAAUCAUAAUAAUCAUAAUCAUAAUCAUAAUAAUAAUAAGCAUGCUAACCGUCAUGAUAAUGGAGCAUCGCAACAUUAAUAAAUGCCGCUCAAACGCGGCCCUCGGUAGAGUCGGACAAUCGGGGACAACCCCUUGAGCAUUUGAACAAAAAAAUAAUAAUGAUAAUAAUAAAAAUGGCAGUUAAAUUUUUUUCACAAAUUAUAAGUUUUGCACGACUCAUGAUGCGAAGCAUCAGAGUGCGCUUUACGAUCGAAAUUUAAGAAUUACAAUUGAUCGCAUAUAAUUUGGAGUGACUUUCUAAACAAUUUUCUCAGAUUUUAAGAUGCUCAUAAAAAAAUUUUUAGAAUGCUCAUGGUGAGUUCACUCACGAACAUCCCUACUGACAAUAUUGAUCAAUUCUGGAGCAAAUCUUGAGCAAGUCAAGGAGAAUACAGCGAAAUAUUAUAUCUAUAUAUACUGUGAUUUCAAGAUUUUGACUAAGAUAGCUACAAGGUAUGCUGGCAGCAGUUAAACUGAGUCGUUCAUUGACGCCCGACGCAAAAAACCUCUAUGAAGAAAUACCAUUUACUACCGGUAUUGCCGAUACAAUUGGACAAUAUGUUUAUGAAACACCGGUUACGGUGUCAUGAUUUAGGUAUUUUCACAUUGCACUGAUGUCAUAAAAUGAAGUGUCAGUUGUCAUGACCGAACCCGGAAUUUUCACUACAGCGGACAACAAACAAGACGUAAUUAUAUCAAAUGAGUGAGAUGGUAUCUGUAGUAGUAAACCCGAUUCAGUUAGUCUGAUGUAGUCUCGAAGAUCGUGGUACUGAAGAUGAAGUCAACUGCUUGGCUAUUAGACACUACAUCAAUGUCCACACAUACUGUGCCACUCAAGCUCUUAAGAAUCAUUGACCAGAUGAUUUCUCAUUGCAGUGGGGUUAUCAGAGACGAAGCCACAUCCGUCUACCUCAUAUAUGAAGUUCCUCUACAAUUCCGACCCCCAAACAUGAGCUGGAAUUUUAUAUGUCUCAAAUGAGUUUCCGCAUAUUCUGCAUUGGAACAACGAGCUUCGAUUAUCAACCCAGGUGAUGUGUUCUGCGAAGUUGGUGUUCGCGUAUAACCCUGGGUCCUCGACGGCAAGGGAUAACUUUGUUGAUAUUUGUAUCCUAGGACGUUGAGGAUUAUCGAGCUUCAAACGACUCAACAUCGCUCGUGUUUUUAUCUCGUCGAUGUCGUCGUCAUCAUCUGAGCUCACGGAAACUAAAGCUCUCGAAUGCGCUCUUUUUUUAUAUUCCUUUGGAAACUUCCUGAUGUUACUGUCUCGUUCCCGACCUCGUGAUCUCAGAGCAUACUGAGGACGUGGAGAAUUGUCUGACGAUUCCUCAGAGUCACUAGGCACUGGUGGAAUUGGAGCUGCACUAGACGUCUCAUCGGAAUCCAGAUGGUCACGUUGCGGUGAGGCUGAAGCAGAGUCGGAUGACAGAUCAGGAUUACCGUGCUGAGGUGAGGCUGAAGCUGAAUCGGAUGAUGGAUCAGCAUUACUGUGUUGAGGUGAGGCUUGAGCUGAAGCCGAUGACUGAUCUGAACCGGUGGAGUCUCGAAAUGGUCCUGAUCGCCGAUUGCCUUCUUCACGCGGAUUUGCAGCUGGUGCUGCAUUGGGUGGUAACUCUUGAGCAUCACGAGGUGGAGUGAUGCUCUAGGUGCCGCAACGACCGUAGGCUGGUGGUCCACCCUACAAUGGUUCUCAAAUUCGGCCCUUAAGCUGCGUAAUUCAGCUUCGACUCGAUCCGUUUUUUUCUCAAUUCGAUCCGUUCUUUUCUCGAGUUGGUCGUUGAGUCGCCUUAACUCAGCCACGACAUCAUUUAAAGUAGCAUCGGAUCUUUCUGAUGUACCUGCAGCAUUGACUGCAACAACUGGAAUUUGCAGUAAGCUACCCGAAGAAGAUGCAGCUUGGACUGGCUGCCGUGCUGCUCUCGGUACCGGAGAAAUCGGUCGUCUUGAGCCACCAAGGUUCAGCCCAUUCUUCCGCAAGUCUUCAAAUUUGUGCAGGAAGUCAAUGGUGGAAAAUACGUUAUCCCGAGUGUAGGGGCGUUUAAUACAGGCCAAAAGGAACUUCGUCCUUUCCUUCGGCAAAACUGCGUCGAUUUCACGCCAGGUUUUAUCUAGGGAUAAAUUCAGUUCAAUCGAUGAGUUCGCGUAGGCCAUGAAAUUCGACGUCACCGAUGAAAUCCAUUUGGAGUCUUCGGAUUGAUACGCAGUUCCGCUACACUCUGGCCCAUCUAAGCCAGGAAUGUCAUAGAGAAUAAUAUUCUCUUCCGCGGAUUUCUUUUCCUAACAUAAAGGUUUAGAAAAUCAUCAAGAAAAUAAACUGUAAAUACAUGGACUACAUUCCGUUGUGCUCGACGUUUGUUCACUAUCGUCUGGAAUUCACGGAAUUCUUCCCACGCCAAUAUUUCCCAAGGAAUGAAUGAUCCUUUUCUCUCAUUAGGGUCCUGGGUCGAGACCAUAUCCCGGAAGCGGUUGAGUUUAGCCUUAAACGAAGACCAUUCUUGUGCCACUCAUCGGAACUUAAGACUUCCAGAAGUUACACCUGGGAAAUAAGAGCCUGUACGGCGUGGAGUAUUUUUUUGAUUGUCGCCGAUCAGAGUGGAUGGUUUCCCGGAUCCAGCCUGACCGAACGCAAAGAUGACUGGCGUUAUCUCGGAAGAACUCGAUACUUUGUCAGCGUCGAUUGUAUUCAAUAAAUAGUCAACGGUGCUUUUAUGAUCUUCGGUAAAUGCAGCUACCGUGACAUUUAGAUUGCCAGAAUCAGGUUAUUUCCAUUGAUCGUCAAAUCGGCCGGAACAUCAGCAGCCGAUUCGCUUUUCCAUCCUUGGACUAUCACAUUCAUCGUGUUACUAUUGAUAUAGAACAAUUAAAAUAUAAAUAUCUACUCAUUUAAUUAUGAAUGAAAAUACGUAUAUAUUUGUAUAUAUAUACAUAUUUAGCGACGAACUCAUAGGAUUAGAUUGAAACAAUCACGCCGAAAUCGCUAAAUAUCAAACAGUGAAAUAUUCUGAAUGAAAAUGAGAAGAGGAGAGAUGAAAAAAUGAAUUUGUGACGUGAGAGGCUUCAUCGUCUACGUUUACAGCAGUUGAGGCUCGUUCGUUAGGUGUGUUUAGCAUAUAACCCACCUAAGAUGCAGUAUUGGGAAGAACAUGUUGGAAUUUUUAUAAAUCGAGACAGGUAUAAGGACGAGUCACUGCGAGUCGAAUAAUGCCAUUUUGCAGAGUGAAUCCGAACUACCACAUGAUUCCUCUUCAAUCAACUGCCAAUGACAGAGUUUAUAUCUUAUCAACCUGCAGCUGUCAUGAUGACAGAUGAAAUUACAUGACUCAAGUGAUUGUUGAUGUUGUAAUAUGUUGACAAAACAAAAUUAAAUUUUCAUAUGUGGAUAUGACUUCAAAAAUUAUGAAAUCAAUGCCUGUAUGCAAAAUGAAGAAAUCAAAAAUAUUCAAAUGUUUUAAUGCAUGAAGAUAAGGCAGUAUCAUUCAGCAAAUUGGUGUUGCUACAGCAUUGCUUAUGCUCAACGCUUUUUAAAAAUUCUAUUUCAUGGAUCUUAGAAAACAUUCCAGGUUUUACUUGACGACUGUACAAAUAAUAGUCAGUUGGAUGGUGAAGGAAUUUUAAAUAUUUGAGAUUCAAUAACCAAAUGAAAUGUUAUGUCAAAUAAUGCUCAGUACAAACGUGUUAGAACACAUGCACGUCAACUUAUUAUUGCAAUUUAUUCAAAUACUGAAACUGGCAUCCUGUACGACAUCAAUUAGUUUCAAUUAUUCAACAUUUGUGCAUUGAAGCUGAUGUUCAGGUGACCAGUAACUGCCGACAAAUUUCUCCUAUUGCUAGAAAUUGUUUUAUCUCAAGACUACAAACCCGAUAGUGCAAUAAACAAGAAGAAAAUAACUGAUCUGGAAUUACUGGUGGGGAUUCAGCCUCUGGUAUUUUUUUCAGCCGUCAGAUCCUCUAGUGUCAUUGGAAAAUCUUCUGGAUGAGGCACCAUCGGGUUCGAAUCUUCAGCAUCAAAUCGCAUAUAUUUCACAGGUUUUACUUGACGACUGUACAAAUAAUAGUCAGUUGGACAGUGAAGGAAUUUUAAAUAUUUGAGUGUCAAUAACCAAAUGAAAUGUUAUGUCAAAUAAUGCUCAGUAGAAACGUGUUAGAACACAUGCACGUCAACUUAUUAUUGCAGUUUAUUCAAAUACUGAAACUUGCAUCCUGUACUACAUCAAUUAGUUUCAAUUAUUCAACAUUUGUGCAUUGAAGCAGAUGUUCAGGUGACCAGCAACUGCCGACAAAUUUCUCCUAUUGCUAGAAAUUGAUUUGGCGCAAGACUACAAACCCGAUAGUGCAAUAAACAAGAAGAAAAUAACUGAUCUGGGAUUACUGGUGGGGAUUCAGCCUCUGGUAUUUUUUUCAGCCGUCAGAUCCUCUAUUGUUGUUGGAAAAUUCUGAAUGAGGCACCAUCGGGUUCGAAUCUUCAGCAUCAAAUCGCAGUGAAUAUUUUUUUAUUUAAAUAAGAAGUUAUUGUUUGAAAAAUAUUUUAAUUUGUUUAAAUUUUUUAAUUAAUUUAAUUUAAUUGAUUAUUAUUAUAAAUUUAGUUUGUAUUUGUAUUCUUUUAUAUGAUCAUAUAUUUGUUUACAUUAUAUACUUUUUGAUUAUGAAAUAAUCGUAUUCGUUAUGACCACAAGGAGCUUCGACUCCAUGGCCAAAAAAUAACAAAAAAAUGAAAUGAAAGAGAAAAUGAAAUUGAUAGCUUUCAGUUAACGCUCUAGCAAGAAUAAAUAAUAAAUUACUAGACCUUAAAUUAUUAAAAAAAGAACAUAUACAAUCUAAAAUUUUAUGUAACUUUAUUUUUACAAGUAGAUACAAAUCUACUAUACAUUGAGGUUUUUAAUUAUUUGUAACCAAUGUUGUCAUUUUUAUUUUAUUUGUUAUUUUUUUUUUCUAAAUAAUUGUUAUUUUGAAAUUAUUUAUAACUAUAGUAUAAACAAAUGAAUAAAUAAAUGAAUUUAAUUUCCGCCUUUAUUAUUUUUUUAUUAUUGUUAACAGUGUAUAGCAUAUUUAUGCCUUUUACACUUCUUGCCUUUAAUCGCAAUCGCUACCUUUUUCUAUUCCCUCCUCUUUUUCAUGCGGCUGUGGACCGACUUGUGCUUCUGUACUGCAUCAUUACGUGAUGCCCUAUACCCCACCUUUUUGCCGUGGGAGUAUAGCGGCAAAGGGAAACCACAGAGAAAACCUUUUGCCAGUACAGCUGUCAUUUUUCGGAGCAGGUGAAGUUCCAGUGAUCGAUAAAAUUCCCAUUUUACCGAUCACUGGCUCUUCAGUCCGCGCCUAGCGCACAGAGACGUCCGAUCAAGCUCAAUGCAUGGCUAAGCGGUCACCCAGCCAAACAGUAACCACGCUCGGUGCUGCUUAACUUUGAUGAUCGCCCGAGCCACACAUGAACCGAUCGGCUGCCUCUGC